UUCCGUUUGAAUGGAGGGCCCGAAUUCGGCACACCCUUCACGCACUUCGUCAAUGUUGUGCGCUCAGCUGGCUCCCGAGACGGUUCUUUGGCGCCUCAAUUCGGCACGCCCAUCAUCCGUAGUCAUUUUGGCUCAAGCCCGCAUGGGCUCGAGGAAUCGUCCGAUGGUUCUGCGUUCAGCUGCCAGCGGCAGCCGUAUGGACUCGAUCGCCCGGCUCGCGAGGCGGAAGUGUCAGGGCGAUCAGAAAAGCGGUCUCCGAUGGGCUUCUUUGGCGUUUACCGAUGUUGGCCAAGAAACAGGCUUCGUCAAGGCUCGCAACCCUAGAUUGAUACAGAAUAUGCGCAUCUGUUGUCUGGUCACUGGAGUUGGCUUAACCGCCGAGCUGAUCAUGUUCAAAGUGUGGGAUUUGAGCCCCGACCGUUACCAGUCGGAGGAACAGAUGAAGAUCAACCAGCUAUCCAACCUUAGCUUUACCAUGUUGUGGGUCUACAACAUGGUAGUUUGGACAUCCACGCUUUCUUGCUUCACCCGAAGAAUCCCGCCGCCUGUGCUAGAGAUAAUUUACACGCUGUCCAUCUCCGUGGGCAUGGUGGCCUUUGUGCUGGCCACGCCACACUAUGCUGGCCGUCUGUUGGGCCUCGACACGAAGACGCACCUGGAGCCCCGCCAGCUCACCGACACGUUUGUCGUCCUCGGGCUGGACGCGUUGGUCACCUCGACGCACAUCGUGCUCCCCAUCCGCUACCAUCUCAUGCUGUGCGUGCAGGUGUGCAGCAUCCUCUGCUACGCGAUACCGGCCAUGGUCCUCGGCAGCGCCCACCCAGGGAACUUCCCGCACACGAUGGUGGCUUUCUCGAUGCUGAUAUUCGUGACCGCCCUCGGGAAGCGCAGCCUGGACAGGGAGGAGAGGAUACACUACCUGGCGCUGAUCCGGGAGAAGUGCUUGAGAUUCGAGUCGGAGUUCCAGCUGGCCACGUACAAGGACAAGCACAAGGCACAGAAGAUGAAGCAGAAAGCGCCCGACGACGCGGAGUCGGAUAACCAGUCGAUGUCUGCGACGUCCUUCGGGAUUGGCAGCUCAAGGCUAACCUUCAAAGCGCUCGUCGAGCUGGGAUUGAGGGAGCAGUGGCUCAUCGAUGAGCAGGAGGUGCAGCUGCCUAGCGCAAGUAACGCACGACCACUGGGCGAAGGGGGCUUCGGCAUCGUGGUGCGGGGCCGGUACCAUGGAGCCAAUGUCGCACUCAAGGCGCCCAAGACAAUCUUGCAGGGCAGAACGCAAGAAGUCUUCCUUGAAGCAUCCUGCAACGAACUGAGGAUAUUGAGACGCCUGCGGCACCCCAACAUCGUUGCGCUGUACGGGGCGGUGUUGACUUCUGGAGUCGAGGGCGUCCAGGUGUGCCUUGUCCUUGAGCUGAUCAAGGGGGAAUCCCUCAAGAUGUUCAUGACGCGCAUCGUGGAGAGGGAGGAGCUUGCGCACCCCAGCUUUAUCGCGCUGCGCAUCAGAGUCCUGAUGCACGUUGCUGCGGCGCUGUGCUACCUCCACUCGCGACAGCCAGUCGUCGUGCACGGCGACAUCAAGAACACCAACAUCUUCGUGCAGCAGCUGGGCGAUUGUUCGAUGCAGGCAAAGCUCCUCGACUUCGGCCUCUCCCGCCUCGUCAAGGGCAAGGGAGGCGAUCGCCCCAUGGGCGGCACCCUGCGGUGGGUGGCGCCCGAGGUCCUGUCGGGCCGCCACGCCCCGGCGGCCGCGACGGACAUGUUCUCGUUCGGCCGCCUCGUCUUCUACGUCUCCAGCGGCCAUGUGCCCUUCUCGGGGGUGGCGGACAGGCAGCUGCGCAAGUUCCUGCUCCGCUCCCCCCCCAUGCGCUGGCCGCCGGCCUUCGAGGCGGGCCUCCUGAACCGCUGCCGGCCCCUCGCGGAGGAGUGCACGCGCCCGAGGCCCGAGCUCCGCCCCAGCGUCAAGGAGGUCUUCCCGAUCCUCCUGGGCAUGGAGGGUCAGACCGCCCCGGCCAGGCCCUCGGGCGGCUCCUCCGGCGAGGAGUCGGCACCGACGCCGCCACAGGGGCACGCGCCGCCGGUCUUCGGCGUCUUCGCCUUCGAGUCGGAGCACGCGUUCUCUUCCAUGACCAUGAGGAGCACCCCCUCCACGCAGCUCGCCGCGGUGCCCGAAUCCGCCGUCGUGAUUCCCUCCAGCCCCGCGGACACGGGGCUGGUACAGGGCGAGCGGCUGGUUCACAGCUCGUACCUCCCCAACCCCCCAUGAGACGUUGCUGAAGGCUGCCGGCUUCGUGCUGAUGCAGUCCAACCACGGCGUCGACGUCAGCGAGGGGUGCUGCUGGAUGCACGCUGGUCUUCGGAGGCUGAGGAUAGUAUGCAGUGAGAUGCAGGAGAUGCCGUGCGACGGCUGGGACGUGCCCGUCAGUGGCCAGUGCAAAGAUUGUCGACUCCUGUGCAUCGACGGUGGUGCAAAGAUGGGUGCCUGCAACUUUUGCGGGGGUGCAUAUCAGAUCCCCUGACUGCCGAGGCUCGCCCUUUGGACUUGCAUCGGAACUAAAGUGAGCAGCCCUCGGUGCCCAGGCGACAUGUUGAGCGCCCAUCGUCUUGCGUUCACAAUGGGCGACGAAGUUCGAGCAUUGCGAGUUUGUCUGCAGCUUAGACUUCGUGGACCACACACCCGUCCAGUUCUUUUAACACGCUGGUGGCCAUGCGCUGGUCAGCUGUCUCGGUUGACCUCUCUGUACAGAGCCGUUUCAUGCAUCCAGUUAUUGUGACCUUGCGCAGCCUGGCCAGGGUGGCGAGUGCUGCUGCUUUCUUUCGUCGAAGUCAGGCAAGAAAGCCAGCCUCCUCAAUUGGUGGCCAUGGGGCCAUUCUCUGCAUCACGACGAUGUGACGCAUCGCUUGCCACACCAGAGGCCCCCUUUGUCUGGGCCUCCAGUGCCACUUCACACGAUUUCUUCACAGGGCAUGGAGUGCGUGAACGAAUCAUCCGUUGUCGUGUUUCGAGCGUCGCUCUGUGUUACAAUUGCGUCAGCAGGGCGUUUCUGAUCUGUUUUCGGACAUCUCUUGUGGCAGCUGUUACGUCUGCUGAGACCUGUCCCAUUCCUUAGGUGCGCAUGGGACAUGGUGCAGCCCAGUGCUAGUUUUGGAGUUCAGCACAACCUCCUUGCGCGCCAAUGCCCUCCAGCCCAUACAUCAUCUUCCUUUCCCUGGUCUCUCCUCCCCUGCUCGCUCACCGAUCGGUUUUCCUCAGUGAGCCGCAGGCACCGACUGGGUGCCCUACGUCAGGGCCUCACGGCAACCAUCACUCCGAAGACGCGCGCGCACGGGGAGAGGACGCGGCACGGCUGUGUGACUGAGCUGGCAGGCGGCCACCCUAGCGUCAGCCGAGGCGGUGUUGUCCCCCGACGCGGUCUCCGUUCUGAAAGUUGCCGCAGGCCGCUGUCCUCUUCUGCCGUCUCAUGGUACGGCGGUGGCAGCGGUGAGCGCUUGCGGCCUCGCCCCUGGCAUUGGCCACAGGUCGCCGCGAAUGGCACAGACUGGUGCUGAUCGGUGCAGAGUCUGCGAUGGAUUUCUGAGGGCGUCUGAACGUCAGGGCCCGGCUGACUUUCCGAGCACGACACGUCUUGCACCGUUGCCUUCUUGGCGAUUCCACCCAGACUAUACAGGGUGUUAGGCGCAGGCGACCCUUGCUCUGCUGCAUCCUGCAAUAUGGCGGUCCUGUCGAUGUCUCCGAGAAGGCUCGGGGGAAGAA